AUGUCCCUAGGGCCACUGAAAUUCCAGGCGGUGGGAGAGGAGGAUGAGGAGGAUGAGGAAGAGAGCUUAGACUCGGUGAAGGCACUGACCGCCAAGCUCCAGCUGCAGACCAGACGGCCGUCAUAUCUGGAGUGGACUGCCAGGGUCCAGAGCCUGGCUUGGUGUGGGGCACAAGCUAGACCGAAGGCGGGGGCACCUCGGUCCAUCUGUGGCUUUGACUCCGUGGAUUCUGCACUUGAGUGGCUCAGACGGGAGCUGCAGGAGAUGCGGGCGCAGGACCAGCAGCUGGCAGGGCAACUGCUGAGGCUGCGGGCCCAGCUGCACAGACUGAAAAUAGACCAAGCUUGUCACCUGCACCAGGAGCUUCUGGAUGAGGCUGAGAUGGGGCUGGAGCUGGAGUCUGGGACCGGCCCUACUCUGGCCCCACCACUGCGGCAUCUGGGACUCACACGCAUGAACAUCAGUGCCAGGCGCUUCACCCUCUGCUGAGGGCACUCGGGGGUCUCCCGGGCUCUCUGGGAAGAAGGAAGUAGGAGGGGCCACAGAGGGUUGGCACUUGCUGCGGGAGAGGGCAUGCUUGUGUUUCUGAAAGCUCAGUUCAGAGAGCUGAAAGACCUAGGGUGAGGGGAAGAGAGGGAGUUUAGGCCCCAAACUGUUUAAUAAAAACACACUGUAUACCUUU